AUGAUUUCUCAGCCGUUUUAUCUACUUAUGCCGCGGGCUGAGCCGAAAGUUGAUGGUAGCCAUGUAGCGCCGGUCAUUCAAAUUUUGGCCUGGCUUCUUCUCACAUUCUCUAUUCUAUCUGUGGCCGCUCAAUACCUUACGAAACUUGCUAUUUCUAGGCCCUUUGGGGCCUCCGAUACGCUUCUGUUUGCUGCACUUGUGUUUUAUGUAGGUCAAACUUCGACCUUGUUGAGCCCCGCAGGCCAGGUCAUAGGAGACUCGCCUGUAGAUCUUCCCAUAGAGACCAUAAAUCGGGCACUCAAGGCUCUAUACAGUAUCCAAAUUCUGAGCAUCUUCACUCUUGUCCUCGUUAAGAGCUCCGUAUUCGCGGCGCUUCGGUCCAUCACACCAGUAGCCUGGCAUCGAAUCAUGAUAUAUGUAGCCAGUGCAGUCACUGUCGUAUGGGGAAUUACUUCAGUGUUCGCUGUGGCUUUCCAGUGUCCAUCUCCGCAGAGAUGGAAUGUUGUUGACCAUGCAUGUAUCGAUAUUGUAAGUCAACAAUUCUCAGGUGUGGGAGUUAAGGUCAAACUGACACUGCAUAAGCGUGCCGUGAAGAUUUACACCGCUGUGAUGAAUAUUUUGACAGAUCUUGCUCUAGUUGUAUUGCCAACAAUUAUCAUAUUACCUAUUCAGAUGCCGUGGGGGACACGAGUUACCAUUCUAAGUGCCUUUUGGCUUCGAUUAACGGUCGUUGCGGCUUCAGUUAUCCAGAUCGUUUAUACCCGGCGCCUCCUUAUCAAUGAUCUGUUUCUCAACAACAUAUGGCAGACUGUAGUCUGCCAAAUGGUCGUCCAGAGCACUAGCAUUAUGGCCGCAUGUAUUCCAUUCUUGAAACCAUUUUUGAUGAGUCUUGAAUCAGGAUUCCUUCGUGCAGAUGAUAUCAAUCGACGGACUGCCGCUGGGAUGUACGGGUCUGAGCACAAUCUACAAACUUCUGGAAAGGCAUCCAGCUAUAUCAAGAUGAAGGACCAAAGUUGGCAAAGCCGGGAAUCCUCGGCCAAGGCUGGGAGAUCUGUGGACCAGGAAGAAAAUGGCCGCAAGUGA